GAAAAGUAAAUGCUAAUGCUAAUUUAAAGCAUCUUACAACAAACACUUGUCUAAAAUCUAAAUCACACAUUUUCAGGUGUACACAUUCCUGAUUCUCUCAGCGCAGAGCUCUCAAUCUAACCAGGCCUAACUUAUUCAUUCCCAGCAACAUGACGGUCUAGGGUCCCAAUACACACCUCAAUAAACACUGUGAGUGGGGGGCCCACGGGAGCAAUACAGAGCAGAUCCAGUCGACACUUCACUUCGACCCUUCAGUCGACAUAAACACAGCUGAGAAAGCUGUUCCGUCUAUUCUCUAGAAGACUGCAUAAAGGAAGAAGUCCUUCCUCUUCUCUGCGCUCUACGCUGCCUGCAUACUUGGUGGGCGGCAUUUAAUGAAACAAAGGGAGAAGUUUGAAUUGAGGAAACCUUUAGUACUAUGGUCUUUAACACUUGCAGCCUUCAGCAGAUUAAUGGUGUUCAUUAUAGCCAGAAAAACAAGCCACUUCCUCGUUCCAAGUUACUACAUAAAGACCUGCAUAUAUGUAUAUUUGGUGCCAUCAGAACUGGAGGCUACAUGAUGAACAUCUUGAUGACCAAAGGCCUAAAGCAGUCAGUGUGCGAUCAGAGUUUCUACAACGGACCAGUCAGCAAGUUCUGGGCCUAUGCUUUUGUCCUUAGCAAGGCACCUGAACUAGGAGACACACUAUUCAUCGUGUUACGUAAACAAAAGCUGAUAUUCCUGCACUGGUAUCAUCACAUCACAGUUUUGCUCUAUUCCUGGUACUCCUACAAGGACAUGGUGGCUGGCGGGGGCUGGUUCAUGACCAUGAACUAUCUGGUGCACGCCGUCAUGUAUUCUUACUACGCUCUUCGGGCCGCCGGCUUCAAAAUCUCUCGCAAGUUCGCCAUGUUCAUCACCUUGACGCAGAUCACCCAGAUGGUGAUGGGCUGCAUGGUUAACUACCUGGUGUAUUCGUGGAUGCAGCAAGGCCAAGAGUGCCCGUCCCACGUGCAGAACAUUGUUUGGUCUUCCCUCAUGUACCUCAGCUACUUUGUGCUCUUCUGCCAGUUCUUCUUCGAAGCCUACAUCACCAAAACCAAAUCCAAUGCAGCCAAGAAAAGCCAAUAAGUCAAGAAAAUGAUUUUUAAAAAUGAAAUGAGGAGAGGCGGGGAAAAACUAAGUGGACCAAUGACUGGUAGUGGACGGAUGAGUCUUUAAAGUUAGGGCUUAUGAACUUGCAGAAGAAAGAAGCAAAGACCAUGAGGGACUACUAUCAAAGCUUGUGCAUACUGUACUAUUAACGUAUAAAGAUAAAUCCCCCCGACACUAGGGAAGAUCUUUUGAGCUGAACUGAGAAAUCAUUAUGAUUAUAUCAGUAAAAAAAAAAAAAAUAGUGUCUUUAUGUCAUGUUUGUGUGCCCAAUACAAUUCACUGUAUUUUAAAGAAAAGAAAAAAUGUAUAGAUAAAAAAGGGAUACAAAAUAAAUUAAAACAUAAUUAAGGAGAAUUUUGAGAAAAAGGGAAAUUAUAUGAACAGAAUUAAUAUUUGUGUGGUUAUGUCUAAACAUUAAAUGUUACUGUUGUAUUUUUAUUUUGGUUGAUUAGAUAGCUUGUGUACGGCAGUUUUGUACGAAAGCCAUGUUAAUGGAAGACUGGUAAAUGUUGAGCUAAAAAUGCCACAGUGUUUUCUUUGUUCUGUGUCGCAGCACCAAAAUUCUCUCAGGUCUUAGAGUUUUCCAUUGGAUGUUCAUAUCAUUUUAGAAAAAAAAAGAAAGAAACAAUGAAAGAAAAAUCAAAAAGGGAAAAAUUGUCAAGGUAGUCAAAUUGGCCUAAAAUCUUAAGGCCAUUGGAUUACUCAUACAUACAUACAUAUACAUACAUAUACAUAUAUAUAUAUAUAUAUAUAUAUAUAUAUAUAUAUAUAUAUAUAUAUAUAUAUAUAUAUAUACACACACACACACACACACACACACACACACACACACACAAUGAACAGGGAAGUGGAAGAAAGACCAGUGAAGGCCAUUUGUGAAUCUGCAUUUGCUCUGACCUCUGAAAGGCCUCGUCUUCUCAUGGCUUAAGGUCAUCAUUAUAACCAUCUAUCCCAAAGGCAGACGAGAGUCUAAUCAAACUAUCCUGUCUAAAGGACCAUGAAGUCAAGCAUUCUUAAAAAAAUAAAUUGUCUAUAUCACUGUAACAAAUCUGAAUAAUCUCUGUCACUGAAUGGUGUCCAUUGUGCUUUUGUGCAUUUGCACUGUAUACAUGUAAAGCAUCUAUAGACGAUUUUAACAAAGAGCCAAGAGUGCUGAAAUAA